UGUAAUGCCUUCAGUGUCCUUCGGUAUGUUAUAUAAUGAACUAAUCCCUUUAAUUAACUAUCCUUGCACGAAAAGAAAACUGCAUCUAUCGAGAUAUUCAAGGGAAUUCUUCUCGUGGUUUUUUUYCCAGUGCGCAUAGUUUCCGCUGACCAGGCUUGAGAUGGUUGUAACUUUAGUGUACCUGCUGACUGAAAUAUCAGGCGGGAUGCACCGAGCUAUUUCUAGAGUUUUGACCCAAAGAGCCCUUUCUUUACCGGGCWUUCGCUCAAGCUGUGCUGUCUCGAAGACCCAUUUACAAAGUAAUGGAGGUUUUUCGACUUCUGYUGCUGUUUUUAAGCUSAAUCCAACCCAACUUAGAGAAGAAUGGGGAAAACCUUCGUUCAAUGUGGCGGACAUGACUCGUCUUUUGGAUCACGAUAAUCAUGAGAAGAGGGUCAAAUUUCGCAAGAUUUUAUCGGAGGAUCCCCUCAUGACGCCGAAAUAUAACAUCUCGUUAGACGAGGAGAGGGAUUUGGCGCUUAACCGAUUGAAAAAGCUGUGUGACCAAGGUUUUAUUUCAGUGUUGGAUUUUAAAAACAAUCCACUUUGGAUUUUCGCUGCUCAUGAAAUGGCAGCAGUCGUGGAUGCUGCUAUGGCAACAAAGAUGACAGUCCAGUUUAAUUUGUUUGGUGGUACUAUCUUGAAACUAGGAACAGAACGACAUCAUAACAAGCUUUUAAAGGGUAUUGAUUCCCUUGAGGAUGUGGGUUGUUUUGGACUAACAGAACUGGGUUAUGGUAACAACGCAAUACAGAUGGAAACAACCGCCACUUACGACAAGGAAACUAAAGAAUUUGUYGUCCAUACUCCCACCCCCCUGGCGCAGAAGUACUGGAUUACAAAUGGUGCUUGCCAUGCGCAUCAUAUUAUUGUGUUCUCUCAACUAUACAUUGACAGCAUCAAUCAAGGUAUUCAUGGGGUGUUGGUACCCAUUCGAGACAAGAACCUCCAGGUAAUCCCUGGUGUCCAGAUCCAUGACAUGGGACACAAGAUGGGUCUGAAUGGUGUCGACAAUGCCAAGUUCUUCUUUGACAAUGUUCGYGUACCCAGAGAAAACCUGCUAAACGUGUACUCUGAUGUUGCCGAGGAUGGGACUUACACCACUAAAGUUGAAGGAAGCAUUAGGAAGCGUUUCCUGACUGUUGCUGAUCAACUUCUGGCUGGUCGUAUCUGUAUUGCUAGUAUGUCUCAAGGUGCAGCAAAGGCCUGUCUUGCCAUUGCCAUUCGUUAUUCAGCUACCCGUCUGACCGUUGGWCCAGAAGGGAAAUCCGACACUCCUAUUCUCAAGUAUCAGCUUCAACAACAUGCCCUUAUGCCGCUUCUUGCUGCUACAUAUGCCAUGGAUUUUGCACUACAGUAUGUCAAAGAUCGAUGGGCUUUCCAGAGAGGUAGUGAUCAUGUGCUGUGUCAUCAAGGCAUUGACCGGAUGGAAUGUGGCUGAGGCAGCUGCUAUCAGUCGUGAAAGGUGUGGGGGUCAAGGGUACCUCUCUUGCAACCGAUUUGGCAGUGGAAUUGCAGGCUCACACUCCUCCAUGACAGCAGAAGGGGACAACUCAGUCUUAAUGCAGAAAGUUGCUUCAGAAAAACUAAUGGUCCUUAAGCCAUCCAUAAUCCAAGUUGCAGCAAGCUAUUUACCUAGUUUUCUUACUCGAAUGUUUAACCGUGUGGACCUGUACAACCGGAAGUCUCUCCACGCACUACUUGAGUCACGUGAGAAAGUUCUAUUUUUAGAACUGGGGAUGAAAAUGAUGCGGGCAGGAAAGAAAAACAGGUUUGACACCUGGAUGUACAAAGAGCAAGAUUUAGUCCAAGCUGCUGCACGUGCUUAUGGCGAACGGCUUAUUAGUGAGUGUUUUGGCAAAGCCAUCGACAAGGCUGAUCCAGGUUUACAAAGAGUCCUUGGCAAACUUCAUCAUCUUUAUCAAKUGUCAGUCAUCAAGAGGGACCUUGGAUAUUUCACYACCUCUGGACUAAUGUCAACKGGUAAUGGUGCUAAUGUUGGAAGGGUAGCUGCURACCUGUGUCGGGAGGUGGCACCGCAGGCUCUUGCUCUCUGUGAUGCAUUUGGGAUGUCAGAUACAAUGCUUAAUGCUCCAAUWGCCAGAGACUGGGUCAAGUACAACGAAGUUGAUAACAAAGGAGAGGUUGAAGGAGUGGAUUUUUGAAUCUGAUUCUCAAGACUCAAUCAUAGAACUUUAAGUUGAUUAUAAAUAUUUUCCCACUAUUUUUAAACGGCUGCACUUGCCUGUUGGAAUAGACCUUUCCAGCUUGGGUGCAGUGUUUCCCCACUUCAGUCCACGCUUCAUUCCCUUGUGUAUUAUUUCUUUGUUUGAGUUGCUUCCAURUUAGCUUAUCUCCWUACAUUAUUCUUUUGAGUAAGGAAAUAAAUCAUUCUCAAAAGAAUGACACGUGGUCUGAAURAGGCCCAAAAUGUUGCAUCCRAACUGAAUGGGUGUAUUGAGGCAUUCCGACCCGUUCGCAAGUGUUCACUCCAGUUCAAGACAGYUAAUUUAUACGRCAAUUUUACUGAUUUAGAAGUUAAUAAUGGGGUGAGGGGAGGGKUGUGACCCCUAUAACUCUCCCCUGGGUACCCCCCUGGAUUUUUCAUUGUAAUUAAAAUAUAUUUCCAGAUUAA